CAGCUGGUUAUCAAUAAUAUAAGUUCAGGAUAUUAAUGGUUAAAGUCGAAAUACAAAUUAUCAAAAUCGAUAAAACUCAUAAUUCUGAAUGUCUGUACACAUUUCAUGAAAAUAAAAUUUUGAAAUGGCUAUAUUUCGUGGUUGGCGUUACACAGCUUUUAUCGGCGGUUUUAUUGGUUUAUUAGGAUUAACUCUUUAUCCAAUAGCAAUAAGUCCGAUGAUCGAUGUCUCCGAAUACAAACAGAUUCAAAAAGAAGCUAGAAAAAACAUACGACAAGAAGACAUCCAACCUGGAAAUAUGAAAGUAUGGUCCGAUCCAUUUGAACGAAAGAAACCGGAGCAUGAUUGAUACAAAUUCACCUUAGAUAGUUUUCAUAUUGAACUAAUUAAUUAGUACUGUAAAUAAAAUGCUUUCAAACAAUAAAAUUGUGUUAAUAUAUCUUU